CUCGGUUUUAAUGACUCUGGUUAUGAUUGGCCCUUCAUCGUAGAAAAGGCCACCAAGUUAAAUGUUUUCGACUGGAUGGUCCAACAAAUGUCAGCAAAUCCGUAUAAGACAGCCAAUACUCAAUCCACUCUCACUUGGAAUUAUUUCGGUGGAACUGGAAAGCCACUAAGCAGUGAAGGUCGCGAAUCUAUUAAUAUCAAAUUUGGUUCCAAUGAUAUGAGCUUCGAAUCAUCCUUUCUUAAGCUCCCCGGAUGUGUACCAAUCGAUGUUUGUGCGAGUUUGUUGCAACUCUUCCCCUGCUCGGAGAAAAGAUUACUCAAAUUCUUCUUAGAAAAAUGUGGUCUUGAUGCAAGAGAUGGAACUUCUGACUCUUCCGUCAAAAAUAUGCAAGAAAUCGCAAAGUAUUAUGUUAUAGAUGCUUUACGUUGUCAGGAGCUCAUGGUUAAAAAUAAUAUUAUAAAUGAUUAUAGAGAAGUUGCUUCAAUCGCUUAUAUAUCAUUAUUCGACACGCAUUAUUAUGCUAUAGGAACAAAAGUAUCUAAUCUCUUAGGCGCUGAAGCUUGGACGCAGGAUAUUCUAUACACUAUGAAAAUUUCCAAUCAGAAAGCAUUUGGGAAGUUUCCAGGAGCGUAUGUGUUCCCGCCAGAGAAAGGUCUUGAAAAUAAACGUUCUGUCACAGGUUUAGACUUCGCUUCCUUAUACCUUAGCAUAAUCAUGACCUACAACCUCUCACCCGAGAAGAUGGUCUCAACACUUUCAGAAGCAGAUAAACUAAAGAGAGAGAAUAAAGUGCUUCACAGUAUCGAGUUCAAGUAUGGCGGUAAACCUGUGCGAGCCUGGACCAUACGGCAUGGGAAUAAAUCUGAUCAGAAAGGUUUAUUUCCAAAAAUAUUGGAAAAUUUGCAAAAUAUACGGAAUGAACUAAAGGUCCAGCUAAAACCUCUUGGAAAGAAAAUGGAAUAUAUGGGAUUAGUUAAAAGUAGAAUGGAUGCCGGCGGAUCUAUCUCAAUAGCAAGUGCAAUCGAAGAUAUUUGUUCGCAUAGCGAACCUAAGAAGCAUAUCGAAAUAGCCGACAUCCUGAAUCCUUUCAUUAGUUCAUCAUAUGAUGAUUUUAGAAAAGAAUAUGAUUCCAUCUGCUUCGAUUAUAAUUCUCUAAAUUCGAAGCAGAAAGCCAUUAAAUUGUAUAUGAAUUCGUUCUAUGGUGUAACUGGCCAAAGUGACUCCCCGUUCUAUAUACUUGAACUCGCUGGAGGCGUUACUUCGGCUGGGCGAGAAAAUAUCAAACUCGUUGCAGAGUUCGUGAAAAAGAAAGGUUUUGGAAUAAAAUAUGGUGAUACCGAUUCCCUAUAUCUCACUUGCCCAGAUUCUUAUUAUGAGAAAUGCGAUCUAUCUUACGAUGUUGGGAAAGGCGUAAUCUCAAAACAAGAGUACUGGACCGAAAUGGUCAAAAUUACUAUGGGAAUAAUGGAAAAAUUACGCAUCGAAGUAAACAACUUUCUUAGGUUAAAAACCAGAUCAGAUUAUCUCAAAAUGGCUUAUGAAGAAGUACUAUUUCCGGUAGUAUUCACUGGGAAGAAAAAGUAUUUUGGCAUCCCCCAUGAAGAUACCCCGAACUUCAAACCCGAAGAGUUUUUUAUAAGAGGAAUCGACACUGUGAAACAGGGUAAAUCCCAAGUUUUCAAAACCAUAGGGGAUCGGAUUAUGUGGGGAGCCAUGGAUAUUAACAAUGACCGAUCACUCCAUGAUAUUGCUGAAAACGUUCUCAGGGAUGCUUUAGUUAAUACUAAGCAAUGGAAUUUCGAACAGUUUAUAGAGACCGACGCAUGGAAACCCGAUAAAGACAACAAAGCC